AUGAAGAAGAAGAGGGGUCAGUGAAAAGUCUAUAUGACUGUUGCACUGUACUGUCAUCAAACCAAACAAACACAGCCACUGUACAGACUGACAGGCGGGAGAUGUAAUAUUAAUACUGGGUUAGGAGGCGUGUCCUUUGUGACCACACCAGUAUAUAUUUGAGUCAAAUACACACAAGCUAAUCCAAAACAACAAAACACAGACUAGGACUUGGUCCAGUCGAAUACAGAUGUGAGCUGUAAGUCAAGAGUCAGGUUUUCAUGUGUGAAGCGUCAGCCAGUGAUUGUUGUUGUCAUGGAGAACUACAGCGUAGACGACGUGUUUCCUUUCAAAAGAAGAAGCACGAUGUCCAAACUUUCCUGUGCACCGUCCCGCCCAGCUGGAUAUCACUGUUCAGAUUUAGAGAACGUGGCGGAGGAGCGUCACAGAAAUGGGAGGAUGGUCUUUGAGUCUCUGCAGGCUGCUGACCAGGAGAAACGGGAGUUCUCAGGCCAGAGGAAACCAGCGUUGGUCAGGUCAAAGACCUUCGACCACUCUCUGCUGACUCAGGUCCAGACGGACUCAGACUCCAAGAUAGAGAGGAAGAAAUCUCACUACAGCCAGCUCUCAAAGACUAACUGCCAGUACCAUAAAAUAUUCAAGGAGAUCAGCAAAGAGGAACAGCUCAGACAGAGUUACACCUGCGCUCUGCAGAAAGACAUCCUCUACCAGGGACGGAUGUUUGUCUCCGACCACUGGAUCUGCUUCCACUCCAAGGUGUUUGGCAAAGACACAAAGAUCGCCAUCCCAGUGGUGUCGGUCACUCACAUCAAGAAGACCAAAACUGCCAUCCUGGUGCCAAACGCUCUGGUGAUCGCCACCGCAAACGACAGGGUGAGAGAGCAGACCCGGGGUCUCGUGUCAACAGGAAAUUUAUUCACACAAAAUUACGUCUUCGUGUCCCUCCUGUCCAGAGACAACACCUACAAGUUCCUGAUGUCCGUCUGUCUUCACCUGGAGGAGAAGAGUCCAUGCAGCAGCCCCAUCCCCUCCUCCGCAGAGAACAGCUUCAGAGGUCAGAGGUCACCUCUAACGCCUCGCUUUCCUCGGAGUUUUUCAGGUGAUUUCAUGGACCUGGACGGAGCAGUGAGACAGAGGAGGCGGGAGAUGGAGGAGAGCAGCAGCUCCGACUCCCAGACCCCCGACUACGAGAAGAGAGCAGAGUUCCCCGUCCCUCCGUUCCUGGAUGUGUUGAAACACACAGACAGAGCUGCAGCCCCUGAACAUCCAGACCACCAGCACAAAGUGAAGAACCAGCGUCAGAACCAGCAUCAGAACCAGCAUCAGAACCAGCAUCAGAACAAGCAGAGCUCAGACAACAAGCAGCGCGAGGCGCCUCACCCCGGUUCAGAGGUCGUGAUUGACAGCAGGACUCUGAAACCAGUUUCUCUCAACACUCUGCUGUUUGUCUACCUGUUUCUAGUGUGUGUCCUGUUCCUGUCUUCCUGUUACCUGGCCUUUAAGAUCGUCUCGUUGGAGCGGACGCUGACGACGCUCGGCUCCGUCACAGACUUCACCCACAAAGAAGGCGACUUCCUGCGGGGGGGUCCUGACGUGAACACACAGCUUUUCUCAGAACUACUCACCAUCAACCUGAUGAAGCUGGAGAAGGUGCAGAAGACUCUGCAGAGACUCCUGGACGAAGCUGCCUGAAUGUACCGGAAACCCAACCCGACCUGCGUACGAGGAAGUCGUAACCCGGCAACCAUUCUGUUUUUAACGUUUGGAAACGACUGUUAAAGGCUGACGUGACCGAAUCCGAACCCCAUUUAUACGUUUUUGUCCAGGGUCCCGUCGGGUCGGGGUCGGGUGUCCACCCUCCAGACACCAGAGUGUUAAGAUGAUGUAAAUAUAUAGUUUAUUAUAGCAGAUGUUACAGGUUAACAAGGUGUAUUGGUACCGGUGGAAUCACUUGUAACCACACCCACCGGUGAUGUCAUGGUGUACCGACACACAGUCGUUUGAUUGGCUGAUUAGAAAUAAAACUCCCUGGUGGAACUUUAACUGUAAUAGUGUUGAAACAGAGGUAUUUUAAAGGCUCUGACGUUUCAGGUGGAGGAAGGAGCAGAUUUCUCUCUCUCUCUCUCUCCGGUGAAGGAGAUGAACUUUCUCAGCUGUUUUCGGUCACGGUGAAUUCUGGGAGAUCUUCUGUCUACGGUGCUGAACGUCCGAGGAGAUCAAGGUUCUCAGUGCUGGAUUUAUCUUCUGCGUUUUGCCGAUCACACAUUCAGGACUGAAAACCAGCUGUGGACGUAGAUACUCCACGACCCCUGACCCCUGGGGUUUUCUUAUGUUUACCUCGCGCUGUCUUAAAGGUAGUUAGCUGCUGCCUUCAUGGGGACCUGGAACAGCUCUUCUCCACUUCAGGGACUUAACAACCUUUUGUCAAAACCUGAACUAUAAGAAGAAGAACUUUAAGGCUUUGGUAAAAGGUUCAUUUCAUUAAAUGUUAGAUUUUGACCAUUAAAAAGGCAUCAGAGGGACGGUGGAGCUGUGGCUCAUGUGAACACACAAGCUUGGUGUCGGUCCGACAUGUCAAACCACGUCAGUAGUGUUUCAUGUUGCUCCUCUGUGAUCCCUUCCUGUUCUUUAAUCUUGUUUUAUCUCUGUGAUUGUCCCCUGCAGUGUUUGCUUGUAUUGUAUUCCCACUUCUACAGGAGGCUGUGUCGUGACCUCACAUCACACCUCUGACAACCUGUGAAACUACCUGCAACUCGCAUUUAGCAGCAGAAAAGAACAAACUGGUCAGAGAUCAGUGAAAUCUUUUACAAAAAGAACAAUGUGAUUAUUUGUUUUUACGUUCAGAAGGUUGUUCAGCAGCCGACUCUUGUCUGUCAGCGUGAUUCUUGAACGCACCAAGCUCUGGAAAAAAGAAAUCCCUGCUGCCGUACGAACGUAGAUUCAGUGAAUUUAGUGGCAUCAAGUUCACACCAUGUUGUUAUUGUUCACCUCUGACAGGAAGUGAUACAUGAGAGCGACCUGAGCUCAUCAUUUUUAUCUGAUGUACCAGAUUUCACAUCGUUCUGGUGGAAAAAGUGAGUCAAUUCUCACCAGUGAACCGUCGCCUGCCUUGUUGUUGUUUGUGAUUCGGCCACUAGAUGGAGCCAAAGUGAAGAAGUUUCAGGUCCCACACAGAGACACUGUUGUUGUUCACGUCCGUCAUGAAGCUCGUCCUGGUUCAUUCAAACAAUAGACUGUUACAGAGACAAGCAUCACUGUGAUUCUGUAACUGUAAGAAUCAAACAUAGAUUUAAUACUGUGAAUUUAUUUCCUCUGUUUGGGAAUAAAGUUUUAUUUUUGCUGUA